AUGUCUCACGACCAUUAUUUUUGUCCACUCUGCACAUCUGCUAAUGUCUUUAAAAGUUAUUCGACUUUGUUUACUCACAUUCGGAAUGAACAUAGCGACAAAUCACCUUUCAUGAUUCGUUGUGAAUUAAAUGCAUUAUGUGGUUCUCGAUAUUCAUCUUUCGAUAGUUAUCGGCAACAUAUUUAUCGCUGUCAUCGCUCCCUCAUUGAUCCAUUUGAUAAUGAUCAUAGUGGUUCUGUAGCUAUUGAAAAAGCUUUGAAUGACAUCGGUGGAUCAUCUGUUGACUGUAUUUCAAGUAAUGAACCAGACCUUACUGUUGACUCAGAUGAAUUUAUUCAUCCUGAAGAAGAACUUAGUGAAAUUGAUUAUCAACCAAUUAAUUUUGGUCCUAUUUUAAAUAAUGUUUUUGAUCAAAACACAGGAUGUACCAAGCUUACAGCUUUUUAUACUUAUUUUCUUCUUGAAUUUCGGGAACAUCAUCUUCUGCCACAAAAAUUAGUACAAUUAAUCAUAUCUAAUAUUUGUAGUCUACUUGACAUAAUUAUCAAAAUUACUAAUGCAAAAACUUUGUCGGCAUGCGCUCCUGUUAUUGAUUUUGCAACUGUUUUAAGAGAGAUCAAUCAAAUCAUUAGUUUUAUUAGUAAAAACGAGUAUCAAUUUUUAAAACAAUGCACGGAACAUUUUGAUUAUCAACCACCAACUAAAAUUAUGUUGAACACAGCGGAAGAAUGUGCUAAUUAUGUUCCGUUGAAACAGAGUGUGUCAUGCAUGCUUCAUGAUGAUCAAUUAUUGCAGGCUAUAAUCGAUAAUAUUAAAUCUUUAUCAACUUGUACAGCCAAAGACAAAGAUUUAAUUAUAUCAAAUAGGCAGUGUCGUUCAGUUAGAUCAAAUCUCGUUCGUCCAACAAAUUCCAAUGCUUUAUUAUUGAAGCUAUAUACGGAUGGUAUUGACAUCACAAAUCCGAUAGGUCCUAAGAAAGAUUCACACAAAUUAACCUGCUUCUAUUAUCUUUUGGAUGAUUUACCUGAGAUCGUUCGAUCACAAGUUGAUUCAAUCGGUUUGCACUGUUUAUGUUAUACGAAAAAUUUGAAUAAUGACAACAGCAGAAGGAUGUUGAUGAACAUACUUGUUGAAGACCUAAAUAAACUUCAAAUUGAAGGCAUCUCAAUACCCCGUCUUUCGAGCAGAAUAUACUUUGUUUUCUCAACCUUUUGUGCUGACAAUUUAGCCUCGAAUGAAAUUGGUGGACUUCAAAAGAAUUUUAAUGGUGGACACUUUUGCAGGCAUUGUUUUAUUACUUAUGAAAACCGACAUAUUCCAUUAACCGAUAUCUCAUUUGUGCCUAGAAGUCGUUUAAAGCACGACAAAAUUGUUAAUCAUAUUAUUGCUAAUAAUGGUCGUCAAAUUGUUCAAGGUGUAAAGGGACUUAGCUGGUUUCAUGAUCUUAUUGGUUUUCAUUCGACUGAGUCUUUACCACCUGAUAUAAUGCAUGAUAUUGCAGAAGGUGCGUGUCCCCUGAUUACGUCUGCUUUACUGAAAGAAGCUGUUCAACAGCGACUUUUAACUCAUACAGAUAUCGAACAAAGCACAUCAAAUUUCGUUUAUGGUUUUUAUGACUCAUCGAAUAAACCUCCUCCAAUUAAAAAGCAACACCUAACUACUUCAUAUAUAGCUGGUACUGCUAGUCAAAAAUUAUGUCUGUUUCAAUUAUUUCCGGUCAUCUUUCACGACAUCAUUGAUCAUCUUACACUAAUGAUUUUAUACACUGUUUUGCGUGAAAUAAUCAGUUACGUGUAUUCCAAUCCAAUAAGGAAAUCUUGGAUAUCAUAUAUGAACGAAUUAUGUAAACGAUUUCAUGCUUUAAUGGUCGAACAUUUACCUGAUCUUGUAACACCAAAAGUCCACUUCAUUACUGAGUAUCCUCGCUCUAUUGAGAAACAUGGACUACCUAUAUUAAAUUCUUGCUUGCGUUUCGAAGCAAAACAUUUGUAUUUUAAACAAAUCGCCAGUCGUGCAUUUAAUUUUAAAAAUCCUCUACUGACUCUCGCAAAGCGCUAUCAAUUACGUAGCUGUUUAUUGAACAAGACAAAGUCAUUGUCCUUGUCAGCAGUCACAACAAUUCGAUCUUCUAAGUUAAUCGAGUGGUGUAAGUUGUCUCAUUCGAUUCAACAUUUGUUAAUGAAGGAUGUCAAUAAAAUUAAUACCAUUUAUGAAUGUAGUUCCAUUGAUUAUCAUCAUAUCAAUAUUAGACAAGGUUCAAUAGUUGUUCAUCAUCUCGCGCAUGCUGAAGAAAUCCCAGUGUUUUGCCAAAUUUAUUGUAUAUUAAAAGUCGAAGAUAAAUGCAUGAUAAUUGCAGAAAUCUUAGAUACCAUCUCAUUUAAUGAUAAAUUGUGGUCGUACCAAAUCGAAUUAACAGGAACAUUAAUUAAAAUUGAUAUUGAACACUGUUUUAGCAUAUUUCCUCAUUGUCUUGACUCUUAUGUUGUCGAACAAUCACAUUAUAUAAACAUAUUAACUCGUUUAACUAAAAAGUGA